CAGAAUCAGGCCAAGGCUAUUCUCCAUCGAUAAUGAAGUCGAUUGAUCAUAUUCUACACGGAUGAUAACUCCAUGAAGCACCGAUUUGAUCCAUUUUAUUUUCGGAUGACAUUUUCCUAAUAUUUUGGGCGACGAUAGGCAUUUUCUUUGGAUAUGGAAGGCUACAGAUCACGGAUUCGGCUUGAAGCUAUUUUCCAACGAUGAUUGAGUCCAUUAAGCAGCGAUUUUGGCGGAUUUAUUUUGGGUCAAUUUUUGGCAGAUUCCAAAGGGUACCAUCACAGACUUCGGGCGAUUUUUCCGAAAUGCCAAUUUCUUUUGAUUCUAGAGGCUACAUAUCACAGAUUCAGGACGAGGCUAUUCUCUAUCGAUAAUGAAGACUAUUGAUCAUAUUCUCCACAGAUGAUAAGUCCAUUAAGCACCGAUUUGAGCCAUUUUAUUUUCUGAUGGCAUAUUCGUAAUAUUAUGGGCGACGAUAGGUCAUUUUCUUUGGAUAUUGAAAGCUACAGAUCACGGUUUUGCCCUGAGGCUAUUCUCCAACGAUGAUUGAGUCCAUUAAGCACAGAUAUGGGCGGAUUUAUUCCCGGUCAAUUUUUUGCAGAUUGCAAAGGGGUACAAUCACCGAUUUUGGGUGAUUUUUACGAAAUGACAUUUUCUUAAGAUUCUGGAGGCUACAAAUAAGGGAAUCAAGCCGAGGCUAUUCUCCACCUAUAAUGAAGUCUAUUGAUCCUAUUCCCCACAGAUGAUAAGUCCAUAAAGCACCGAUUUGGACCAAUUUAUUUCCGGAUGGCUUUUUUGUAAAUUUUUUUUGUCGACGAAAAGCCAUUUUCUCUGGAUAUUGAAGGCUACAGAUCACGGAUUCGGCCUGAGGCUAUUCUCCAACGAUGAUUGAGUCCAUUAAGCAGCAAUUUAGGCAGAUUUAUUCCGGGUUCAUUUUUGGCAGAUUCCAAAGGGGUACCAUCACAGAUUUCGGUCGAUUUUUCCGAAAUGCCAUAUUCUUUUGAUUCUGGAGGCUACAGAUCACAAAAUCAGGCCGAGGCUAUUCUCCAUCGAUACUGAAGUCUAUUGAUCAUAUUCUCCAAGGAUGAUAAGUCCAUGAAGCACCGAUUUGAGCCAAUUUAUUUUCGGAUGGCAUUUUCGUAAUAUUUUGGGCGACGAUAGGCCAUUUUCUUUGGAUAUUAAAGGCUACAGAUCACGGAUUCGGCCUGAGGCUAUUCUACAACGAUGAUUGAGUCCAGUAAGCACCGAAUAUGGCGGAUUUAUUCCGGUCAAUUUUUGGCACAUUGCAAAGGGGUACCAUCACAGAUUUCGGGCGAUUUUUCCGAAAUGCCAUUUUCUUUUGAUUUUGGAGGCUACAGAUCACGGAAUCAGGCUGAGGCUAUUCUCCACGGAUGAUAAGUCCAUGAAGCACCGAUUUGAACCAAUUUAUUUUCGGAUGGCAUUUUCGUAAUAUUUUGGGCGACGAUAGGCCAUUUUCUGUGGAUAUUAAAGGCUACAGAUCACGGAUUCGGCCUGAGGCUAUUCUCCAAUGAUGAUUCAGUCCAUUAAGCACCGAAUAUGGCGGAUUUGUUCCGGGUCAAUUUUUGACAGAUUGCAAAGGGGUACCAUCACCGAUUUCGGGCGAUUUUUCCGACAUGCCAUUUUCUUUCAAUUCUAGAGGCUACAAAUCACAGAAUUAGGCCGAGGCUAUUCUCCACCAAUAUUGAAGUCUAUUGAUCAUAAUCUCCACAGAUGAUAAGUCAACUAAGCAACGAUUUGGGCUAAUUUAUUUUCGGAUGGCAUUUUCGUAAUUUUUUGGGCGACGUAAGGCCAUUUUCUUUGGAUAUUGAAGGCUACAGAUCACGGAUUUAUUCUAUGUCAAUUUUUUGCAGAUUCCAAAGGGGUACUUUCACAGAUUUCGGACGAUUUUUCCGAAAUGCCAUUUUCUUUUGAUUCUGGAGGCUACAGAUCACGGAAACAGGACGAGGCUAUUAUCCAUCGAUAAUGAAGUCUAUUGAUCCUAUUCUCCAAGGAUGAUAAGUCCAUUAAGCACCGAUUUGAGCCAAUUUAUUUUUGGAUGGCAUAUUUGUAAUAUUUUAGGCGACUAUAUGCUAUUUUCUCUGGAUAUUGAAGGCUACAGAUCACGGAUUCGGCCUGAGGCUAUUCUCAAAUGAUGAUUGAGUCCAUUAAGCACCGAAUAUGGCGGAUUUAUUCCGGGGUAAAAUUUGGGCAGAUUGCAAAGGGGUACCUUCACCGAUUUCGUGCGAUUUUUCCGAAAUGCCUUUUUCUUUCAAUUCUAGAGGCUACAGAUCACAGAAUUAGUCUGAGGCUAUUCUCCACCAAUAUUGAAGUCUAUUGAUCCUAAUCUCCACAGAUGAUAAGUCAAUUAAGCACCGAUUUGGGCUAAUUUAUUUUCGGAUGACAUUUUCGUAAUUUUUUUAGCGACGAAGGACCAUUUUCUUUGGAUAUUGAAAGGCUACAGAUCACGAAUUCGACCUGAGGCUAAUCUCCAACGAUGAUUGAUUUCAUUAAGCAGCAAUUUGGGCAGAUUUAUUCCGGGUUCAUUUUUGGCAGAUUCCAAAGGGGUACCAUCACAGAUUUCAGUCGAUUUUUCCGAAAUGCCAUUUUCUUUUGAUUCUGGAGGCUACAGAUCACGAAAUCAGGCCUAGGCUAUUCUCCAUUGAUAAUGAAGUCUAUUGAUCAUAUACUCCAUGGAUGAUAAGUCCAUGAAGCACCGAUUUGAGCCAAUUUAUUUUCGGAUGACAUUUUCGUAAUAUUUUUGGCGACGAUAGGCCAUUUUCUUUGGAUAUUAUAGGCUACAGAAUACGGAUUCCGCCUAAGGCUAUUCUCCAACAAUGAUUGAGUCCAUUAUGCAUCGAAUAUGGCGGAUUUAUUCCGGGUCAAUUUUUGGCACAUUGCAAAGGGUUACCAUCACCGAUUUCGAGCGAUUUUUCCGACAUGCCAUUUUCUUUCAAUUCUAGAGGCUACAGAUCACAGAAUUAGGCUGAGGCUAUUCUCCAUCAAUAUUGAAGUCUAUUGAUCCUAAUCUCCAGAUGAUAAGUCAAUUAAGCACCGAUUUGGGCUAAUUUAUUUUCGGAUGGCAUUUUCUUAAUUUUUUGGUCGACGAAAGGCCAUUUUCGUUGGUUAUUGAAGUCUACAGAUCACGGAUUCGGCCUGAGGCUAUUCUCCAACGAUGAUUGAUUCCAUUAAGCAACGAUUUGGGCAGAUUUAUUCCGGGUCAACUUUUGGCAGAUUCCAAAGGCGUACCAUCACAGAUUUCGGGCGAUUUUUCCAAAAUGCCAUUUUCUUUUGAUUUUGGAGGCUACAGAUCACGGAAUCAGUCCGAGGCUAUUCUCCAUCGAUAAUGAAGUCUAUUGACCAUAUUACCACGGAUGAUAGGUCCAUGAAGCACCGAUUUGAGCCAAUUUAUUUUCGGAUCGCAUUUUCGUAAUUUUUUGGGCGACGAUAUGCCAUUUUCUUUGGAUAUUAAAGGCUACAGAUCACGGAUUCAGCAUGAACCUAUUCUCCAACGAUUAUUGAGUCCAUUAAGCACAGAUUUGGGCGGAUUUAUUCCGUGUCUAUUUUUGGCAGAUUCCAAAGGGGUACCAUCACAGAUUUCGGGCGAUUUUUCUGAAAUGCCAUUUUCUUUUGAUUCUGGAGGCUACAGAUCACGGAAACAGGACGAGGCUAUUCUCCAUGGAUAAUGAAGUCUAUUGAUCAUAUUGUCCAAAGAUGAUAAGUCCAUUAAGCACCGAUUUGAGCAAAUUUAUUUUUUGAUGGCAUAUACGUAAUAUUUUGGGCGGCGAUAGGUCAUUUUCUCUGGAUAUUGAAGGCUACAGAUCACAGAUUCGGCCUGAGGCUAUUAUCCAACGAUGAUUGAGUGCAUUAAGCGCCGAUUUGGACGGAAUUAUUUCAGGUCAAUUUUUGACAGAUUGCAAAGGGGUACCAUCAGCGAUUUCUUGCGAUUUUUCCGACAUGCCAUUUUCUUUCAAUUCUAGAGGCUACAUUUCACAGAAUUAGGCCGAGGCUAUUCUCCACCAAUAUUGAUUUCUAUUGAUCCUAUUCUCCACAGAUGGUAAGUCAAUUAAGCUCCGAUUUGGGCUAAUUUAUUUUCGGAGAGCAUUUUCGUAAUUUUUUGGGCGACGAAAGGCCAUUUUCUUUGGAUAUUGAAGGCUACAGAUCACGGAUUCGGCCUGAGGCUAUUUUCCAACGAUGAUUGAGUCCAUUAAGCAACGAUUUGGUCAGAUUUAUUCCGGUUCAAAUUUUGGCAGAUUCCAAAGGGGUACCAUCACAGAUUUCGAGUGAUUUUUCCGAAAUGCCAUUUUCUUUAGAUUCUGGAGGCUACAUAUCACGGAAUCAAGCCGAGGCUAUUCUCCAUCGAUAAUGAAGUCUAUUGAUCAUAUUCUCCACGGAUGAUAAGUCCAUGAAGCACCGAUUUGAGCCAAUUUAUUUUCGUAUGACAUUUUCGUAAUAUUUUGGGCGACGAUAGGCCAUUUUCUUUGGAUAUUAAAGGCUACAGAUCACGGAUUCGCCCUGAGGCUAUUCUCCAACGAUGAUUCAUUCCAUUAAGCACCGAAUAUGGCUAAUUUAUUCCGGGUCAAUUUUUGACAAUUGCAAAGGGUACCUUCACCGAUUUCGGGCGAUUUUUCCGACAUGCCAUUUUCUUUCAAUUCUAGAGGCUACAUAUCACAGAAUUAGGCCGAGGCUAUUCUCCGCCAAUAUUGAAGUCUAUUGAUCCUAAUCUCCACAGAUGAUAAGUCAAUUAAGCAACGAUUUGGUCUAAUUUAUUUUUGGAUGGCAUUUUCGUAAUUUUUUGGGCGACGUAAGGCCAUUUUCUUUGGAUAUUGAAGGCUACAGAUCACGGAUUCGGCCUGAGGCUAUUCUCCAACGAUGAUUGAGUCCAUUAAGCAGCGAUUUUGGCGGAUUUAUUCUGGGUCAAUUUUUUGCAGAUUCCAAAGGGGUACCAUCACAGAUUUCGGGCGCUUUUUCCGAAAUGCCAUUUUGUUUUGAUUAUGGAGGCUACAGAUCACGGAAACAGGACGAGGCUAUUCUCCAUCGAUAAUGAAGUAUAUUGAUCCUAUUCUCCAAGGAUAAUAAGUCCAUUAAGCACCGAUUUGAGCCAUUUUAUUUUUGGAUGGCAUAUUCAUAAUAUUUUGGGCGACUAUAGGCUAUUUUCUCUGGAUAUUGAAGGCUACAGAUCACGGAUUCGGCCUGAGGCUAUUCUCCAACGAUGAUUGAGUCCAUUAAGCACCGAUUUGGGUGGAUUUAUUAUGGGUCAAUUUUUGGCAGAUUGCAAAGGGGUACCAUCACCGAUUUUUAGCAAUUUCCGAAAUGUCAUUUUCUUAAGAUUCUGGAGGCUAAAUAUCACCGAAUCAGGCCGAGGCUAUUCUCCACCUAUAAUGAAGUCUAUUGAUCCUA